GGGUAACAAAAUCACAUGACACACGCCUGACAGUAGUGACUGUAAGUACGAGGUGGCCGGAGAUUAUACUGACGAUCACUGACACGCUUUUAACAAAGUUAGCCAUGGAUGAAGACGGUCUGCCGAUUGUCGGUUCGGGAGUUGAUCUGACAAAGGUCCCGGCCAUCCCGCAGAAACGAGUCGUUGCGUUUCUCAACCAGUUCAUCGUGCAUACGGUCAGGUUCCUCAACCGGUUUUCCACUGUAUGUGAAGAGAAACUAGCCAGCAUAUCCCUUAGGAUUCAGCAAAUUGAAACCACUCUCAGCAUUUUGGAAGCAAAGCUGUCCUCUAUCCCUGGUCUGGAGGACGUGAGAGUGGAGGGAACCACUCGUGCACAGGCUGAGCCCAGUGGCCCUGUGCUGAUGCCUGGGCAGUCAGAGAACCCUACAGCAGCAUCAUCUCCAGAGAAUCCAGAGGAAUCACAACAGCAACAUCGGGCAGAUGAGGGUAGAGAUAACAUCAUGACUGUGGCCAAGGACCCACGCUAUGCGAGAUACUUAAAGAUGGUGCAGGUGGGUGUUCCUGUCAUGGCCAUAAAAAACAAGAUGAUACUUGAAGGCUUGGAUCCCAGCUUGCUGGAUAAUCCUGAAGCCCCAGUGCCAGAUGGAGGAAAGAAGAAUGUAGAAGAGGAAGACAAUAGCUCCGGCAGCGAAUCAUCCUUCAGCGACUGACCCCCUCCCGUGACGCAGCCAUCUCAUUUUAGGAUUAAAAGACUGGAAUAAACGUUACUGGCUCCUAUACCAUCCUCGUUCACGCCAGGCUGGCGGUUCUGCGAUGGCUGGGACCUCAUCAGUGUAGAAACUCAAAUUGUAUGCACUCCCAGGGGGGAACAACGUAUGAUCACUGGGUGAAAUAGGAAGGAAGGGGAGGAGAAAAUGGGGAAGCCCCAGGACCUUGACUGGGGCUCCCCUGUUAGGCCUAACUGCAGUGAACACCUGCAAUUGUGUGUCACACCCAAGGACAUGUGACACAUGACUCAGCGAAGGCCUAAUAUGGACAUGCACUUAUCAGGGGUUUUCUUCUUUAAUGACGUUUUCAUUCUAACUUGGCUACUGAUUGAAGAUCUAAAUACAGUAUAGUUUAGGUGUUAUAGUAAGAGAGCUGGAAAGUCCAAAGUAGCGUCAUCCAGAGUCUCUCUCACCUGUUCUUCACUCUUAUUGGUUCCUGUCUUGUUUCGUCCCAAAUAUGUCCCUUCGAGAUCUUAUUGGCCAACACAUCCUUGUACAGCACAGCAUUUGUGCUAGAUGUCAUCACUAGAGACAGACGAGUUGUCUUAAAACCAGGGUUCGAAUUAAAGCUCAGUGUUUCGUAAUGGUUUCUGAUGAGCUAUUCAUUUGUGAGCUGCUUUGGUUCGUCAGGGAGUUUUGAGUCUCUGAGGAAUUUCGAGGAUGACUGUAAAUGGAGAAUUGGGGGGCCAGGAGCCUAUGCCACGCUUUAGUGUUCAUUAACAAAAUGUGUCUAACCUACUGUUAUGAUGAUGAGAAAUAAAUUGGGUAUAGUUGGGUUCUUUUGGGGAAAAAACUAAUAUAACAUCCAAGGCUAUGAAGUCAAUAGCUUGUGAGUAAUAAAAAUCCAACAUCUGUAAAAACAAUUCGGUUUUAUUUCAAAGUGCAUGAUAUGUCUGUAGGUUAAGUGCAACUUUAAACAAAAAAGUCAAAAUAUAAACAUGUUAUUUUUAUCCAUUAAACAAUUUUGUCAGUAGUGGACUGACA